GCGGCCGCCGCAGUCCCGGCGCCGUAGCGGGACGUGGGGUCCAGGGGGCGCUGUGGCCCAGCGGCGCGGGCGGCUGAAGCGGCCACCGCGGCGCCCGAGGCUUCGCCGAGCCCGUCCGCCUGCAGCGCCUCGGUCGUCCCGCCGUAAGCUGCGCCCCCGGCCGCGCUCCCCCAGCCCCGCGUGGCUGAGGCGACUGGAGCGGCGCUGGGCCUCGUCCCCGGCCGCAGAAACCGCAGCCCCCUCAGGAGUGCGAGGCUUCGCGGCGGAGCCCUGCUGUGGAGGAGGCUCUCGGCUGAGUGACGACCCCCGGGCCAUGGAGAGGCGGAUCAAAGAAGACAUUCUGGGUCAGCAGUACUGGCUGGCGCAGCAGGCAUCAUGAGCAAGCACAGAGAAGGCUGCUUGAGGGGACAGGUUUAAAUAAGUCUCUUCAGCAGUGUUUCCUCACUGAUGGAGAAUUACUUCCAAGCAGAAGCUUACAACCUGGACAAGGUAUUAGAUGAAUUUGAACAAAAUGAAGAUGAAACAGUUUCUCCUACUUUAUUGGAUACAAAGUGGAAUAAGAUUUUAGAUUCCUCUUCUCAUCCAUUGUCUUUUAACCCUGCAUUAGCCAAUGUGAAUGAACCUACAAUUUCUAAUGAGACAGGACCACAGCGGAAAAUCUUUUCUCUUGCUGGCUCAGCUCCCCUUACAAGGGAGGGAAAAGGUCCCUGUGCUAACGGACAGGACGGUAGUCUAAAUCCAGAGAUUGACACGAUGUGGAUUGAUGAAAAUGCUGUGGCAGAAGACCAACUAAUUAAGAGAAACUACAAUCAGGAUGAUCAAUUUAGUGCCGUUGAAGUGGGAGAGGAGAAACGUGGGAGCCUCACUUGUCUGCCAGACGAGAAGAAUGUUCUGGUUGUAGCUGUCAUGCAUAACUGUGAUAAAAGGACACUGCAAAGUGAUUUGCAGGAUUGUAAUAACUAUAAUAGUCAAUCCCUCAUGGAUUCUUUUAGCUGUUCACUGGAUAAUGAAACUAGACAAACUGAUCAAUUUAGUUUUAGUAUGAAUGGGUCCGCAGAAAAAGGUAUAAACUCAGAGAAACAAAUGGAUGCUUUGAAUAAACCAAAAUCAGAGAGGGAUUCUCUUAAUCAUCUCUGCGCUGCUUCAGCUAACAGUGCAACCAGUAUCUCUUCCUCUUCACAAUUAAAGGACAAUGAAAAUGUAGGUAGAGACCCAUCUACAUCUACAGCUACAAGCUUAGCAAUUAAUACAUCCCAGGGAAUGGAUGGAGGGCCUGCCAUUAAAAAACAAGAGGAUUAUAUGCCUGAUGAGGACCUUUCUGGCGCAAACAGCUCUUCUAGGACAGAUCUAGGGAGCUCAAACUCCUUUUCCCACUCAAGGGAGGAGCUCUUAACAAAAACAGAGCCAGCAGAGGAGAGGACAGCUGAAGACCCCCUCCCAUCUGGUUUAUCUUUGAAUCUCAAGCCAGAUACUCCUGCUUUAUGUGGAAGGGACAAUUGCGAACCAUCCUCAGACUGCCUUGUGUCUAGUGAGACUAGAACUGAUGGAGAUGGAGGUAAGGACUCUCAGACGACUCACUGGGACUCAGCAAAGCUAAAUGAGGUGGAUGAUCGCCAAGGAAGUGAAGAAAAUCAAGUGGUUUUACAGAUCAGCCAACCUGAGGACCCUCAGAGUGCAGGAGAGUGUGUUAGAAUGGCAGAUUCAGAUCUAGAUUUCAAAGGAACUUGCUUGAAUGAAAGUGAAGGAUAUGAUUUCUCCACUGUUAGUGAUGCACCAGCAGCAAAUUCUCUGUCUAAUAGUUGUGAUUCCUAUGGAAUGCAGAGCCCAAUUGUAUCUUUUGUUCCAAAGACUUUACCCUCCAAAGAAGAUUCAGUAACAGAAGAAAAAGAAAUAGAAGAGAGCAAAUCAGAAUGCUACUCAAAUCUUUAUGAACAGAGAGGAAAUGAGAACACAGAAGGGAAUGGACUGCUUUUAAACAGCACUGGAACUAUAAUGAAGAAAAAUUAUUUACAUAAUUUCUGUAGUCAAAUCCCAUCUGUACUCGGGCAAUCUUCCCCCAAGAUAGCAAACCUGCAGUCUAUUAGUGUUCCUUUUGGUGGUGCAAGACCCAAGCAACCUUCUAAUCUUAAACUUCAGAUUCCAAAGCCAUUAUCAGACCAUUUACAAAAUGACCUUCCUGCAAACAAUGGAAAUAAUAGUAAAAACAAAAAUGAUAUUCUUGGGAAAGCAAAACUAGGGGAAAACUCAGCAGUCAGUGCGUGCAGUGCAACUUUGGGAAACAUCUCUGUGACUGAUACAAAUGGGGAACAUUUAGAAAGUUUCGAGGCUGACAUCUCCAGUAGACCAUGCCUUGCAUUAUCUCCAGAUAGUCCAGAUAAUGAUCUCAGAGCUGGUCAAUUUGGAAUUUCUGCAAGAAAGCCAUUUACCACCCUGGGUGAGGUGGCACCAGUAUGGGUACCAGACUCCCAGGCUCCGAACUGCAUGAAGUGUGAAGCUCGGUUUACAUUCACCAAAAGGAGGCAUCAUUGCAGAGCAUGUGGGAAGGUUUUCUGUGCUUCCUGCUGCAGCCUGAAAUGCAAACUGCUGUACAUGGAUAGAAAGGAAGCUCGAGUGUGUGUCAUCUGUCACUCAGUGCUAAUGAACGCUCAAGCCUGGGAGAACAUGAUGAGUGCCUCAAGCCAGAGCCCUAACCCUAACAAUCCUGCUGAAUACUGUUCUACUAUCCCUCCCUUGCAGCAAGCUCAGGCCUCAGGAGCCCUGAGCUCUCCACCUCCCACUGUGAUGGUACCUGUGGGAGUUUUAAAGCACCCUGGAACAGAAGUGCCUCAGCCCAGAGAGCAGAGGAGAGUUUGGUUUGCUGAUGGGAUUUUACCCAAUGGAGAAGUUGCUGAUGCAGCCAAAUUAACAAUGAAUGGAACUUCCUCUGCAGGAACUCUGGCUGUGUCACAUGACCCAGUCAAGCCUGUAGCCACCAGUCCUCUACCGGCAGAGGCUGACGUUUCUCUGUUCUCUGGGAGCAUUACUCAGGUUGGAAGUCCUGUUGGAAGUGCAAUGAACCUUAUUCCUGAAGAUGGCCUUCCUCCCAUCCUCAUCUCCACGGGUGUGAAAGGAGAUUAUGCUGUGGAAGAGAAACCAUCACAGAUUUCAGUCAUGCAGCAACUGGAGGAUGGUGGCCCUGACCCACUUGUGUUUGUUUUAAAUGCAAAUUUAUUGUCAAUGGUUAAAAUUGUAAAUUAUGUGAACAGGAAGUGCUGGUGUUUUACUACCAAAGGAAUGCAUGCUGUGGGUCAGUCUGAGAUAGUCAUUUUGCUACAGUGUCUACCAGAUGAGAAAUGUUUGCCCAAGGACAUCUUUAAUCAUUUUGUACAACUUUACCGGGAUGCACUGGCUGGGAGUGUUGUGGGCAGCCUGGGACAUUCUUUCUUCAGUCAGAGCUUCCUGGGCAGUAAAGAGCACGGCGGGUUCCUGUACAUGACCUCUACCCACCAGUCACUGCAAGACCUGCUGCUUCCAACACCUCCUUAUCUGUUUGGGAUUCUCAUCCAGAAAUGGGAGACCCCUUGGGCCAAAGUGUUUCCUAUUCGACUCAUGUUAAGACUUGGAGCUGAGUAUCGACUUUACCCCUGUCCACUGUUCAGUGUCAGAUUUCGGAAGCCAUUGUUCGGAGAAACUGGGCAUACCAUCAUGAAUCUUCUAGCAGACUUCCGAAAUUACCAGUACACUUUGCCAGGUGUCCAAGGUUUGGUGGUUGAUAUGGAAGUUCGGAAAACAAGCAUCAAAAUUCCCAGCAACAGAUACAAUGAGAUGAUGAAAGCCAUGAACAAAUCCAAUGAGCACGUCCUGGCAGGAGGUGCCUGCUUCAAUGAAAAGGCAGAUUCUCAUCUUGUGUGUGUACAGAACGAUGAUGGGAACUAUCAGACCCAGGCCAUCAGUAUUCACAAUCAGCCCAGGAAAGUGACUGGUGCCAGCUUCUUCGUGUUCAGUGGCGCACUGAAGUCCUCUUCAGGGUACCUUGCCAAGUCCAGUAUUGUAGAAGAUGGCGUUAUGGUCCAGAUCACUGCAGAGAACAUGGAUUCCUUGAGGCAGGCACUGCGGGAGAUGAAGGACUUUACCAUCACUUGUGGGAAGGCAGAUGCAGAGGACCCCCAGGAACAGAUCCACAUCCAGUGGGUGGACGACGACAAGACAGUUAACAAAGGUGUGGUGAGUCCUAUAGAUGGGAAGUCCAUGGAAUCUAUAACAAAUGUGAAAAUAUUCCAUGGGUCAGAGUAUAAAGCCAAUGGAAAAGUCAUCAGAUGGACAGAGGUUUUCUUCCUAGAGAACGAUGACCACCGUACCUGCCUGAGUGACCCUGCAGAUCACAGCAGACUGACCGAGCACGUCGCCAAGGCAUUCUGCCUGGCCCUCUGCCCCCACCUGAAGCUUUUAAAAGAAGACGGAAUGACAAAACUGGGACUCCGUGUGACGCUUGACUCAGAUCAGGUUGGCUAUCAAGCAGGGAGCAAUGGACAGCCCCUCCCCUCGCAGUACAUGAAGGAUCUGGACAGUGCCUUGGUGCCUGUCAUCCAUGGAGGAGCCUGCCAGCUCAGCGAGGGCCCGGUCGGCAUCGAGCUCAUCUUUUACAUCCUGGAGAACAUCGCGUAGAUGGCACUCCGUCUGUUCUGUUCAGACCUGCAGCAGCAGUCAUAUCCAAACCAUUUGCACUUUAAAACUGGAAGAUUAAGCUUUUGUUAACACUGUUAGGAGGGAGGGUAUGGGGUGGGAGUAGGACUUAGGGGAAAAGGGGUGGGGAGGGUGGUUGGGGGACAGAUGAUCCAUGAUUCUAAGUCUUCUAUGCAUUCUCCAAGAAGACCUGGGCAGCUUCCUACUGCACAACAGAUAUGCUAUCUUUGCAGCUAACUCCCUUCUGUUACUGUCUAGACAAGAAUUCUGCUCCUCUCUUACGAUGACUUCCGGUCAUGUGCUCAGAUGAAUGCUCAUAUGGGUACAGCCAUCACCAAGGUCACGGUGGGGGAGAAAGGAAAUAAACAAUGAAUCAUCACUUUUGCACUUUCUGUACAGAGUUGACAAAUAACGAAUGCCAUGCUUAUGGUCCUGGUUACACCCCAGCGUUGAUCAAGGAGAAUUCAUGUUUAUUUGUUCAGAUUACUAAUUGAAUCAAACCAAAGGGGUUCGGGUCUGUUUGCCACCGGAGGGCAUUUGGAAAGAGAAUCUGAGUGACAGCUAGCCAAGGACACCCAGGGCAUUUUUAUUUACUGUACAACAGAAGUAUUUUUAAAGAACUUUUACUAAGAAAUCUCUUAGAACUCCAGGAAAAUUAUACCUAUUUAAAAAAAGUGUCCUCUUUUCUACAGCCCCAUGUACACACUCACACACUAACAACUUUGCCCAUUUAGUUUGUCAGUGCUUAUCUUUCCCCUCCUCUAUAAAACUGAGGUAUUUCAGACUAAGGUGCAUACAACACAGCCCCUGAGCCCUUUACAGUAGACAUUUAUUCCUUGUCCAAACAGGACUAAAGUCAAGGUCACAGUGUCUGGAGGCUCUAACCUCACUCCUGCUAGAACCUUUGAGAGCCAUUCUUCAACAGAGAACUUCCAGGCUAGGGUCAGAUGCUGCACAUAGCUUUAGGCUUGGCUUCCUCUCCUUGUGCCAUGGAUAUUGUUUUGUGAGUACAGGCCCUCACAUUUGUUUGGUUUUAGCAGAAAAUACCUCAUUUGAGUUUGCAUUCUUGGCCAGAAUCCCUUGAUACCCAUCUGCCUUUCAGAGACAGUGGCAGCUCUCAUCAUUGUUCAGCGUCUAGCGUCCCUGUGCGUUUGCCCUUUAGUGGUGACUGAUAUAUGCAGAGUACUUUCCAUCUAUGCAAAUACCCUGCUCCCCAAAGCUCCCCUUAGGUCAGCACCACCGAUGUUUCGGCCUGCACUGACCUUUUCCCAGGACUGCUGUAAGGUAGCUUUUUAGUUCCGGCAUGCCCUUUCUUUACCAGCUGGGUUUAAUAAUCUCAAAAUAAGCAAGCCCACCCUUCCCUCUUUGUCCUGUUAUUUGUGUGAUCUUCAUGUUGGUCCUGUGGAGUUCUCCUGUCUUCAUCUUGUACUCAGGUGGUCUCAUCUUUGGCUGAGUUGAACAACUUCAAGCUGGUUCAUGCACCCUUUCCGUGACAUCCUUAGGUUUAAUCCUUCCUGUCUAGCCUAACAAGAAACUCCAGGCAAACCUUGCACCCCUGCUCCAAGCUUGGAAUCACUUUAUCUCCAAGCAGCCCUUUAACUGGAGUACGGGAAACAAAGGUCUGGUUCACUGAAGACAUAUGUGAUACUGAUUUUUUUUUUAUUUUUUUUGAGACGCGGGUUCUUUGCAUAGUCUUGGGUGUCCUGGACUGGCUGGCCUUGAACUCACAAGCGAUCUGCCUGCCUCUGCUUCUGCCUCCCAAGUGUUGGGAUUAAAGUUGUGUGCCAUCAUGCUC